CCUGGGAUUGGCGACCCGGCCGGGGCCGAGGCGGCGGGCGCGCGGGGCCACUGGGGAGGCCACGGAGGGCCUCCAGUUCGGACGUUCAUUCAUUCAUUUAGCGCUGGCUCUGCUUUAGGCACCGGGAACUAGGUUACAAAUCCGGCGGCUUCCCUCAUAAAGCGCGCGGACAGAUAGGACAGACCACGUAAGGAAGCAGGGUGGCGCAGCACUAAGUGAGGUGAUGCUCAGAGCCCCGGGAGCCCUGGGAACUUACUUGCGCUUGGGCAGGAACGGGCCCUCAGAGUCUUCUUUGACUUCUCGUUUAUAAUCAGAGCAGUGGAGUGGAUUGGCAAAGCAGGUACAUCAAAUGAAGAUACGCUGAGUAAGACUUUGACCAAAGAUCUGACUCAAGAGUUAGGAAGGAAGAAGUUACCUUAAAAAAGUAUCAACCCCUACCCUAGUGGUUGGGAAAGACUCAACAGGACAUUGGAAGCAAAGAAAAGGGGGGAGAAGGUUACACAUAUUUUCUAGAGCCCCUACUAUGCAUCAUUCAUCAUGCUAAAAGUGAGGAAGGAGACAAUCUAGACAAAGUCCCUGCCCUCAAGGUCUCCAGAAGAGGCAGAUGCUCAAGGAAUUAAAAUGUGUUCAUGCAAAGGGGACUGGACUCAGAGACCAAGAGACAACUAGAAGAGGAAGAAAAGAAAAUCAUUAGUGAAGAGCACUGGUACUUGGAUUUGCCAGAGCUUAAAGAAAAGGAGUGUUUCAUAAUAGAAGAGCAGAGCUUCUUGUUAUGUGAAGACCUUCUCUAUGGAAGAAUGUCAUUCAGAGGAUUUAAUCCGGAGGUUGAGAAAUUAAUGCUUCAGAUGAACUCCAAGAACAAAACAGAGGAAGUUGAAAGUGAAACAGUGGAGCUCGAUGUAUCAGAUGAAGAAAUGGCUAGAAGAUAUGAGACCUUGGUGGGGACAAUUGGAAAAAAGUUUGCCAAGAAAAGAGACCGGGUCAACUAUGAAGAAGAUGAAAAUGGACACGUAAAACCAACAGUUAAAGUAAAGAAGAUGUUCUUAAAGCCCCAGGAUUGAAGUGGAUGCUUUAAGACAGAGCUCAGGGGUGCCUCAUGAGGGUUAGUGUAUUAUGGAACUCAUUCUGAUGGCUUCUCUGUAGUUAUUCAAACUGUGAUGUUUACAUGUAAAGAGGUGGAUAAUUUUGGAAACAUGCCAUUUUUGAAACGGAUAUGUGGUGGAUGUUAUACAUCCUUUGCUUCAUGGUGUUCAUCAAGAAUGGAUUUUUAGCCUUCGAGUUUCAAAUGUACAUAGGGAUGUGGCUGCUUCCGAAAGACUUUUUGACUUCAGAUUUUUUUUUUAAUGGAGCUCUCUUGUCACUGACCUUGAAUUGGCACAUAUAAAUUAAACCAGUGUUUAAGUUGCCCUUAUGUUUCUAUUUUACUUUAAAUUAUGAAUCAUGCCAAGCCAAUGUAUACAUACAUUCUGGAAUCAAACAUAAUGAGGGUUUAUUAUAUAUAGAUUCAUUAAGAGCAAACAUGCCUCUCCAGCCUACAGUACUUGCAUGCUACCGAGUCAUUGUUGGUUUGUGGAAUUAUUGGUUUUUGUUUAAAGCUUUUACUUAAUAAAAAAAAAAUUAUUCUCUAAUAAAUUAAAUUUUC